AUGUGGAAUUCGGUCCACUUCUACAUAUUCACGGUGAAGGCGUACCAGCUGCCGUUCGCGAUGCUGUUCUUCAACUUCAUUAUGGGCGCGCCUAUGGUAGUGAACAUAAUCGGCAUCAUAUCCGGCCACAUCUACUACCUGAUGCGCGAGGUUCUGCCCUCACACGGAUUUCCCAACUUCUUCGCUGUCUGCCCGCGUUGCUUCGACUACGUGGCUAAGAAGAUGGAGAACCUGCUGGACUUCCGCAGGGGCGAGGCUUACAGCGCCCCCGGAUCCUACGCGUACACUCCGGCGGGUCGCCAGCAGCAGACACAUGUCGGGUUCAUCGGUCGCGGCGUCCGUCUCGGGUCCUCAUAA